AACCAGGAAGAUUAGCUGCGAUCUUUUAGCAGGCUCACCGAAAGGCAAAUUUACUAUGCAUUUUUUGUACAAUUAUCACUUCGAAACUAUGUCUUUAUUGUCUCUCUUAAGCAGUUUUGCUGCUUAUGUCAACAGUUAAACAAUGGCCUUUUUCUGUUGCGUUUCAAUUUUUAUGCGCUAACAUUUUUUCGACUCUGAAUGUAGCGCUUGUUGACAUGUUUGGUUUUCUACUAAUUUGAUGCGCCAUCAUCCAUAUGUUAGGCGUGUUUGUUGUUGUAGAAUUGUUGUGAUUCUGAAACAUGUUGUGGUUUGUGUUUGUGCCUCAGGAGGGAGCAAUGGUAGACACUUGAUCCCAGGAGGGUUUUAGCUGUGUCUGUGGAAAUGCCAGCUGUAGCUCGGGUUAAGGAGGACUCGGAGUCCUCAGCAGAGGACGAGCAAGAAGGCCAUUGUUGCAUUGCCUGGAGUGGCCUCAGCAGGACAAUCCCAAUCUUCUUGUUUUCCCCUGAAGCCAUUGUUUCAAAGAAUGGGACUAUCUGCGUUGAUGGAGAGCGAUACAACAUGGCCUUCAAGAUCGUGCGCACAGAGAGUCGUCUGGUGCGAGGGAUACUGACCAAUCAUGGUUUCCAUGAGGUUCAGCCAAAUAGCAACGACUUUAACCUAAUGUGGACAGGAUCCCACCUCAAACCUUACCUACUCCGAAGCCUUCAGGAUUUCCAGAAGGUUAACCACUUUCCCAGAUCUUACGAGUUGACCCGCAAAGAUCGCCUUUAUAAGAACAUUCAGCGAAUGCAGGAAGUCCAUGGCUUCAAAAACUUCCAUAUUGUUCCACAGACCUUUGUGCUUCCUUCGGAAUACCAAGAAUUCUGCUGUUCUUACACUAAGGACAAGGGCCCAUGGAUUAUUAAACCAGUAGCAUCAUCAAGAGGACGAGGCAUCUACUUAGUCAGCAGCCCAAGUCAGAUUUCACUGGAUGAGAACAUCUUGGUGUCCCGCUAUAUUAAUAACCCUCUACUGAUAGAUGAGUUCAAGUUUGACAUGCGUUUAUACGUGUUGGUCACAUCAUACGAUCCACUCCUUGUCUAUGUGUAUGAGGAGGGUCUCGCUAGGUUUGCCACCGUCAGGUAUGACAAGACUGCAAAGAAUAUUAAGAACAUCUUCAUGCAUCUCACCAACUACAGCGUGAACAAGAAGAACAGCGAUUAUGUCAGUUGUGAUGACCCUGAGGUUGAAGACUACGGGAACAAGUGGAGUAUGAGCGCAGUGUUGCGCUAUUUGAGGCAGGAAGGGAAGGACACCACAUUGUUAAUGAGGCAGGUAGAGGACCUCAUCAUCAAAGCUGUACUGAGUGCCGAGAUGCACAUCGCACACGCCUGCAAGACGUUUGUCCCUCACCUGACCAACUGCUUUGAACUUUAUGGAUUUGAUGUGCUCAUUGACUCCAACCUCAAACCCUGGUUGCUGGAGGUGAACCUUUCUCCAUCCUUGGCCUGUGAUGCCCCUUUGGAUUUGAAGAUAAAAGCCAGCAUGAUAGCAGACAUGCUCUCACUUGUGGGCUUAGUGUGUCAGGACCCCGUGUUAAGGAAGCCACGAUUUGAGCGACUCACCCUGGAGCCCAACCUCAAACAGGCAGCUCAUAGAACACAGUGGCAGAGGCCCUUAUCAGCUACUCACUGUGAGACAGUGCCGUUUAAAGACAAGCCAGGAGGAGACCGCACUCUGGGCUUGACUGCAGAGCAGAUCAAAGUCUUGAGGAGGACAAAGGAAGAGUACGAGAGAAGAGGAGGCUUCAUCAGAAUAUUCCCUACUGAAGACACAUGGGAUCUCUAUGGUGGCUAUCUGGAAUCCAAGACAUCAAUGAACUUCAUGUUGGCAAACAGACUUUUCCAUGGAAGGAAUGCGGGCGGGAAUGCGCAGCUGCAAAUGGACACAGUCGAUGGCCACCAUGCCGUCCAGUACGAGAGGAAGCUGCCGUCUCUGGGGGCCCGUAAGAAGAGACGGCACCACCUGAGUCAUCGCUCUGCUGCUGGAAAGAUGAAAUCGGAGAUGCAAUCCAAGGCCUCACUGACGGAGAGCAGUGGCCUGGAGGGAGAGGAUUGCAUACGGGAGGAAAGAGAGGAGAUGAAACGUGUUCUCAAGCCAAUCUCACACAAGGCUUUGUUAGAAGAGCAAAGAAAACAAGACUCUUCACUAGCGCAGAGUUUUCAUGGCAAGGCUGCAUCCAGCUCAGAGGCAACAACACACAACAGCAGUCCCUGUGUCAACCUGCUGCACAUUCUCCAGCAGGGGUGGGACAUCAGUAAAGUGCAGGCACGGAUGACCUUUUCUUCGUACCUUCAGCGAGUUCAACAAAGACUGUUGGCAGAGAGCAGAGUCAAUGGCAUUUCCGCUUGGCCAGAUAAGGACAAUUACCAAAUGGAGCUGAUUAUUCGCUUCCUGAAAAGAGCUGCCAGUAACCUAGACCAAGACAUCAAGGUGGUUCUGCCUAGUCAACAACUACCAGUACAAGACCGCAGACGUAUCCUGUCCCACCAACUAGGAGAGUUUGUCCAGUGUUACGACAAGGAAACUGAGCAUAUAGUGAGAAAACAGCAGAAUAGUGCAGAGGAGACGUGUGUUGACGCCAGUGUUUUUCAUGAGUACAUCACGGCUGCGAGUGAAAGUGAUCUGGAGAAAGUACUGACGUUCUACACACAGAAAAAUAAAUCAGCCACUGUCUUCCUCGGAACAAAAGUCAGGCGUGUUAAAAAAGACUUUCAUGAAACACAAGAGCCAAGCGACUGUGAGACUUUCAAAUCUCUGCCUGUGGCCAAAGAGGAUUCCAGAUUUUUUGAAUCAACGCCCUGCACAGGAAAAGUCAACAGUGACACAGACAACAAAGCCACUGAAGAUCGACAAUCUGCUUGUUUGUCUGGAGGCCAACUGACCGGAUUUGGACAUGCAAAAAUUGAUCCCCAACUCCGGACUUCCCAACACUGUUUGAGUUUUCCCAUGGCACAUGACACCUCUUCAUCACGGUCUCUUCAUCGUCCUCCACCUUUGCCACCUCAGCCUCCAUCCUAUGCUCAGUCCUUGGCAAAGUCUCAACUCUUCCAUGGUGAGAUGCUUGCUGAGUCCCCUGUUUACACAUCUCUUCCUGGGUCUACGGGGCAACCAAACCAGGUUCUCUGGAGGAUCCCGUCUUCCAGCACAUCCACUUUAAGCUCGAAAGGAGCGUCUUCCCUCACCAGUGCCAUGCACAUUUAUAGCCAGAAGCUUGCUCGACCAACAUCUGCAGGCCAUGCAUCUAGGAUGUACAGUUCCAGUAAGCUGAAGUCCAAAUCUGACGGGGCCUUCAGGGAGUUCAACUCUCUUACAGUCCAGGCCCAGUCCAACCAGCAGGCCUUCAUCUCAGCUCUGCAGAAGCUGGCCGACAAGCAAGUUGCCCGCAACAGUGCUGGAUCGAGUCACAUCAACCUGCUGACGCAACAUUUGACAAGGCUAAACCUGGCGAGCAGGAUCUUGAGCGGAGAAAGCCCACAGAUGUCUCACCAGGCCGCCGUUACCCAAGGACCCUCAAAGGCGGAACCCUCUGGCACUGGUCCUCUUAGAAACAACACCUUUCAUAGGAAAAUGAAGGAUGGAGAGGCUUCCUGUGACAGGCAGAGUGGCAGUGACUUUCCUUCCGUGAGGUCGGCGAAUCCAGAAGAGCGGUGGCAGGCCCCUGGAGGGAGCUACCAGCUUCAGUUUGCUGUCCAUCAACUGCAAAAACAGAGACUUCAGCAGCAAAAAAUAUUGGACCAGAACCACAGCGGGCAUCAGGAUCAACAGUCAAACGAAACAAGCGCUCCCCACGCAACGGUUCCCACAAAGUCAUCCAGCUUUCCUGGACCACCCCAUCACAGUCACAGUCAGGCCUGUGAAAGUUGCGUUCUCUCCCCAAAGCCACCCAGCGAGGCCCGAGAUGGCCCGCUCAGGAAACCAGCAACAAAGCGAUUUGUCAAGCAGACUUCCACUCAGAGGUCGACUCAGGGAAGUGUGACCAGCACGCAGCAGUCGCCCUACCAGGUCAUCUGCGCAAAAACAGGACUUUCUGUGUACCGCAAGUUGCUUCAGGGCCGGGAGCAGAGUCCCAGAUGACAGCAAGGUGACCAGAGGCGCGUCCUGUCACUCUGCUGGCCUGACAGGUGUCUCUGCAUGUAACUGGCACAGAGGUGCAUUCUGGGUAAGAACAACAGCAGGAAAAAAAACAUGCCUAUUAAAUUGUCUGUCAUACCGCCGCGGCCAUGGCAGGAGAUGAUGGCGUGCUAGGCACGGAAUUCCCGUCUUUGACGCAGGCUGGGAUUUUGUUGUGCAGCCCAAGAGCACGUGGCCUUUUCCAGCCUGCACUGCGGUCUGCGCUCCAACUGUUGCCCUCCUUCAUUCUCUCCAUGCCACGGAAAGAUUUCACAGGCGGAUAUCUUUCAGCAGAUGCCCGGUUGGCAUUUAGUAUGCUAGCAAUUCCGUUGAAGCCAACCUCCAGUGAGAGACAUCCCAUGAAUGGUGAGCAUGCAGAGAAGUUCCUGGCAUUAGACACGGACUUCCAGUCCAGCACGAAAACAAACAGUUACCAAAUCGGACUCUGCGCUCCUCUCUGGCCAAAGGAUGCGUUUAAUUAUAGCAACCUUUCUUUAAAUUGUUGAUGUUUUUAUGGAUGAACCCAAUUUAAUGAUUGUGUUAUUCUACAUUUGCAUUGUAAGUCGGCCAUGUUGGGCCCCUAGGGCAGCUCAGAACACAGCAAAAGAAGAACCUCAAGUUGGUGUACAAUGAAGAUAAUGGCACACAUGUGGACCAGCAUCCUCAUGGAUAUCUCACAAAAUGAGUACAGCCCUCUUAUUUCAGCCACCAUGUUGUUACAUUGUCUUAAGGCAGUGUUUUUCAACCACUGUGCCGCGGCACACUAGUGUGCCAUGAGAUACAGUCUGGUGUGCCGUGGGAGAUUAUCUAAUUUCACCUAUUUGGGUUAAAAAUACUUUUGGCAAACCGGUAAUUAUUGUCUGCAAAUGAUGUGUUGUUGUUAAGUGUCGGUGCUGUCUAGAGCUCGGCACCGUGUAAUACUCUUCCAUAUCAGUAGGUGGCAGCAGGUAGCUAAUUGCUUUGUAGAUGUCGGAAACAGCGAGAGGCAGUGUGGCGGUAAAAAGGUAUCUAAUGCUUAAACCAAAAAUAAACAAAAGGUAAGUGCCCCUAAGAAAAGGCAUUGAAGCUUAGGGAAGGCCAUGCAGAACGAGACUAAAACUGAACUUGCUGCAAAGUAAACAAAAAAAGAAUGCUGGACGACAGCAAAGACUUACUGUGGAGCAAAGACGGCAUCCGCAAAGUACAUCCGAACAUGACAUGACAAUCAACAAUGUCCCCACAAAGAAGGAUAAAAACAACUGAAAUUUUCUUGAUUGCUAAAACAAAGUAGAUGCGGGAAAUAUCGCUCAAAGGAAGACAUGAAACUGCUACAGGAAAAUACCAAAAAAAAGAGAAAAUGCCACCAAAAUAGGAGCGCAAGACAAGAACUAAAACACUACACACAGGAAAACCGCAAUAAAGUCCAAAUAAGUCAGGGUGUGAUGUGACAGGUGGUGAUAGUACACCUACUUUGAGACAAGAGCUAUAUUGAUGCAUGCUUGGUUAUGCUUUAAAGUCAUAUCCAACAAUUGCGACGAUGACUUUUUACUAUCAACUGAGUUUCGUUUUUUACUGAUGUCUGCUGGUGGUGUGCCACCGGAUUUUUUCAACGCAAAAAAUGUGCCUUGGCUCAAAAAAGGUUGAAAAACACUGUCUUAAAGGACAAUACUGUAGAAAGGAAAUAACUUAUAGAGUAGUCCAUGUACAGCUUGUAUAGCAGUACAGUGGUACCUCAACUUAAGAGUGUUUGAGCUCUCUCUCGGCUAAUUCUUAUGCUUUAAGCGACCAAGCUUAAAUUUGAGUUCAAAUCCUCCCCGCCAUUAGAUGGCAUAGCAAACGUCACGGUGAGUGAACACCGUAAGAUCUGCUCAAAACAUCCGGUCUUACUCGCUCGCAUUAGUUUGUAGCUAAAUCUUAGUUUUUCCAAGCAUGACAAUGAAAUGAAGGACAGUGCUGAGAGGAAGAAGUGGAUUAUAUUCAAUGAAUUAAAUAAUUAAAUCAUCAAAAACAUGGCGAAGCAGUAUGAGCGCAUCACUGCUCGUCUGCACCAUACUGAACCAAUAAUGUUAAAAUAAUAUCUAAAUAGCGGACAUUUAUCCAUGAAAAUAUGGAAAAGCUGCUGAUGGUGUGUUUGACUGAGAAGAUACCGUAGAAGUCUGCUCUCCAAGGUAAAUACUGUACAUACUUUAAUUACACUAUUUCAUAAAACUACUGUAGUUGUUUGUACUACAUUGUAUAGUAUUGUUUUUAUACAUUUGUUUUGUAAAAUAUAUUUUUGUUUUUAUAAGGCAUGUUACAUGUUAAAAUAGUGCUUUUUUGUGGAGGGCGGGGGGAGGAAGUACCAAUAUAAUUGAUUUAAAUUAAUUUCAAUAUGGGAUGGUGAUUUGAUAUACACGCGUUUUAAGAGUGCCAUCACGGCACCAAUAAAGCUUAUAAGUUGAGGUACUUCUGUAUUAAAUUUACUGUCCUCUGAAAAUCAACUCACAGCCAUAAAUGUCUAAAAAGCUGGCGACACAAGUGAGUACACAUCACAAACGUUUAGGUGAGCACAUAUUGUGACUGCCUUAAACCUCUUGGUCAUGUAAUUCACCAGCGCCUCACAGAUUGUCACUAGAAUUGUCUUCCAUGAUGAAGUGAUGAAGCUGGUGGAUGUCAGACACCUUUUACCUUCUAUUCUUUAUUUGAAGAGGGGACACUGGGUUGGGUUCAGGUGUGGACCACCUGCACCUUCCUCAGCAAGGUUUACCAAAAGCAUGGAACCAUGCUCUGUUUCAGAAUGUCAGAGUACAUGUUGGAAUUCAUGUUUUCCCCCAUGGAACCACAGCUCCCCAGUGCUGGGCACCACUCAUGUAGCCCCAACUUUCUCUAUACUGCUAUACAAGGUGUACACUGACUAAGGUGUACACUGACUACUUUUAAGUAUAUCCAUGUUUCAAUUCUAUAGUGCCUUAUGAGAAGAAUGCUGAUAUGUGAGGGGUGUACUUCAUUUUGUAAGUGCCUAAAGAGUAAACUCGGGGUUUUGUUAUUAAAACGUGUUUUGUUGUGCAGCUAUAAAUUAAGUAUGUUUGUGAUCCCUUUGAAAGAAAUACUUGAAUUUUGCGCAUGUCAGUUUUAAACCUGCUGGUGAUUAUUUUUGCACAAAUUUUUGGAUUGUCUUGUAACAUUCACGGUGCACGGCCGUCACGUCCAACGUCAUGCCGUGUAUUUAUUCCAGCGCAUGCUUUAUUACAAGAAUCCAAAUCAGUGUUCUACUGCACGAAUGCAGUUUAGUUUACCGACAAUCCUUGACUGUUUACAAUAUGGUCACUCCUUUAUUGGACUCAUUGAGGCUGUAGUAAAAUGAGACAUGGCAAUCAUAUCCAAAUGUACUCUAUGGUUCUGGUUGUAUGGAUUGACUCCAUCAUAACCUUUACCGUAUUUUUCGGACUAUAAGUCGCAGUUUUUUUCAUAGUUUGGCCGGGCUCCAGUGCGAUUUAUAUGUUUUUUUCCUUCUUUAUUAUGCAUUUUCGGCAGGUGCGACUUAUACUCCGGUGCGACUUAUACUCCGAAAAAUACGGUAAUUUGGGGCUGUCAAAGUUAACACGUGUGAUUAAUCACAUAAAUAAUAUUGCAUUAAUCAUGUAUUAACACAGAUUAAUCAAGCAAUUUGUUUUUCCCACAAAUCCACGGAUGGUUACCUGAAAGUUGUUAUACAUGUCAUGUGAUCAGGUCAAUGCAUUAGUCGGAGCAAAGAUGAGUGAGGAGUCUCCGACUGGGGUGCUUGUUGGAUCAUUUUGUUUCAAAAUACACUCAGACAGGACUUUGGAUACAACUGUUUGAUUAAAUAAAUGUAGUGCAUUCAAGUAAAAAUAUUUUUAAAAUGUUACUGUAUGACAUUCUGACAAUAAAAUUGCAUUUGUGUCAA